UGGAUUUGAGAUGAUACCGUCAGAUUGUACGUUGGAUAUAUCCAACGUUUUUCAUUCCACCUCUGUAGUCAUCGAAGGGAGCUGCUUGAACAAGUCGGAACCGACCGCGGUGCUGAGGGAUGUGUCCGCAAGGGUGCACGGCGGAGAAGUAUUGGCGAUUUUGGGCUCGAAGGGAUCUGGAAAGAGGGCUCUGCUCGAUGUUAUCGCCCGCAGAGCAGAAGGAGAAACAAGAGGUAGAGUGACGUUAAACAACAAUCUAUUGACACCAGAGUUGUUCAGACGUCAUGGUGGAUACGUAGCUCAUCGAUGUUACUUGCUACCGAGUUUAACCGUUCGUCAAACCCUGACCUACGCGACGUGGCUUGCCAAUCUGAACAACAGAGGAGCAAGGGUUCGCCAAACGCUGGCCGAUCUGGCGUUGUCUCAAGUGGCGAACAGGUCAGUAAACGAUUUAACCAAGCCUGAAUACAGGAGAUUGAUGCUGGGUGUUCAGCUAGCUAAGGACCCCACGCUGCUCCUAUUGGACGAACCAACCUGGGACACUGAUCCUCUGAACACGUAUUUGAUCGUGUCCAUGCUUUGGUCUUACGCGACCAGAAGAGGAUCUAUCGUCGUUCUAACGAUGGAAACUCCCAGAUCGGACGUCCUGCCGUUCGUGAGUCGUGUGACUCUUCUGUGUUUAGGAGCAGUGGUUUAUUCAGGACCAACCAGGAGCAUGCUGGAUUAUUUCACUUACAUCGGAUUCCCAUGUCCUGAACUUGAAAAUCCGUUGAUGUACUACUUGUGUCUGUCGACGGUCGAUCGUCGAUCCAGAGAUCGUUUCCUAGAAUCCAAUCAGCAGAUAUCCGUCCUGGUUGAUAAGUUCAAGGCUGAGGGCGUUAUUUAUAUGAAAGAGGCUCCGCAAGUACCGCCAAAUGUCAAAGACACACCACUUGGUAUUAUGCAUAAAGGUCUUGGUCGUGGUAUCAAGCCGGGCUGCUUCUCCACUCUUCUUGCUCUUUAUUUAAGAGGCAUGGCAGCAACGUUUGCCUUCAGCAGGUCUGGGUUAGGACACUUUGCCACCCGACUUUUGUUGCUACCAUUCUCCGUCGCCUUAAUGAGCAUUCUAUACUCUCAUUCGACUCCUAUACAAUCCAGGAUAUUUCUCCAAACUGGAGGUUUAGUUUUCAACGUAUUAACGUUAUUCUACGUUGCCGGGAUUGCAUCGACAGCACUACUUUUUCCAGGUUAUCGUGCCAGAUAUUAUCAGGAGAAACGAGAGGGUCUUUACGGUGGCGCGAUGUUCUUAACCGCGUACGCGUUGUUGAGUUUACCGCUGAGCUUUGUUUCGACCAUGAUUACCAUCGGUAUUUUAACACCUAUCCUCGAGCUGGACUUGUCAUCCUGGGCAUACGCCUCCGGGGUUCUCUGGGCCAGUUACGUUGCAGCCGAACAAGUGACCGUGGCUGUGCUGAUGGUUGUCGGUAGACCAGUGACGGGUGCCAUAACGGUCUUGUACAUGACAUUAGUGUCUCUUGUUGUUGCGUCUGGUGCUAUUAGGAGCUUGAAAGGUCUGCCGUAUUGGCUCGCGGCUGUUUCAACCGCGUUACCCGCUAGGUACGCUUCGUUGGCUUUAAAUCAACUGGCCAUCGAUAUGCCCAUAUUCUUAAACCUACAUUACAACGAAAGUUUCGCCUGUCCUGGAGUACCAGAACUUUGCCGGUAUCCAGAUGGAAGGACUUACUUGAUAGAACGUUUCACACGCGAAGGUGAAAACAUUUCUGAAGUGCUGAAUGUCGAUUUGAACUUAUUGAUCUCGUUGGCGUUCGCUGUCGGUUUGUGCAUACUGAACAGCGUGCUUUAUUUGCUGCCGCUUCCUGCAAGAGUGAAGGCCAAAUUUAGAGAAUAAGGGACGAUACUUAAACAUUUGUAAAUGGAUGUCGUUAAAUAUACUUAAAUUAUCAAAAACAGUCAACAACAGUUUGUA